AUGGGCGCAACGAUUAGACCAGUUGCAGGAUACCAUCUUACCAACGCUUCACCAUAUUACCUAGAGUUCGAUAAAUGCGACGUAGUGAUGGGGCGCUCGGAAGGUAGAACGCCGAAAGCAAUAUGUCCUCUCUUUGGCCCGUAUGUUUUCAAGAAUAGAAUCGGGCAACGCUAUGAGAUAGCAAGCAAAGACGGGUCAGUGCCAUCAGAAUUUAAGGACAAACCAGUCCGUAUUGAACUCCGGUUAGUCCAUCGUAGUACAGACCCACCACUUGACGAUACCUUGUGGGCAGAAGGUGGAGUUGAGUUCUGCCACGUUAUCAAGCAUCGCGCAAACGAUGAGACAGGCAGCCUUGAAUACUUGGUGCGAUGGCGCGAAGGCGACCCCACGUGGGAGACAGCCGAGGCCUUUACCGACCCCAACGACAUUGUCGCCUACCACAAUGACUCGUACGCGCAAACGACGCCGUGA